CUCACUCACUUCCAUUAUUAAAAAAAACCCGACCCGGUUUACUACAUAAGUGAGAAGAAGAAAAGGAAGAAACCACACACCACACCACCACAAAGUGCCUCCCUCUCUCUCUCUCUCUCUCUAUCUAUCAAUGGCGACUCAAGGUCAGGUUAUCACUUGCAAAGCUGCGGUGGCUUACGAGCCGAACAAACCUCUGGUCAUCGAAGAUGUCCAAGUCGCUCCUCCUCAGGCCGGUGAGGUUCGCAUCAAGAUCCUCUUCACCGCUCUCUGUCACACCGACGCCUACACCUGGAGCGGCAAGGAUCCCGAAGGUCUCUUCCCCUGUAUCCUCGGUCAUGAAGCUGCUGGGGUUGUUGAGAGUGUUGGUGAAGGUGUGACUGAAGUUCAACCAGGAGACCAUGUUAUCCCUUGUUACCAAGCCGAGUGCCGUGAAUGCAAGUUCUGCAAAUCUGGCAAGACUAACCUCUGCGGCAAGGUUCGGUCCGCUACUGGUGUUGGGGUUAUGAUGAACGACCGUAAGAGCCGGUUCUCGGUUGAUGGGAAACCCAUUUAUCACUUCAUGGGUACCUCCACCUUUAGUCAGUACACUGUUGUUCACGAUGUCAGUGUUGCCAAGAUUGACCCUCAGGCUCCUUUGGAGAAAGUCUGCCUUCUUGGAUGUGGUGUUCCCACUGGCCUUGGAGCUGUUUGGAACACUGCAAAAGUAGAACCUGGGUCAAAUGUUGCCAUCUUUGGUCUUGGCACUGUGGGACUUGCUGUUGCUGAGGGUGCAAAAACAGCUGGUGCUACUAGGAUCAUUGGCAUUGAUAUCGACAGCAAGAAGUAUGAAACUGCAAAGAAGUUUGGUGUUAAUGAGUUUGUGAACCCAAAGGAUCACCAAAAGCCCAUUCAGGAAGUGAUUGUCGAUCUCACUGAUGGAGGUGUUGACUACAGCUUUGAGUGCAUCGGGAAUGUCUCCGUGAUGAGAGCCGCAUUGGAGUGCUGUCACAAGGGAUGGGGAACUUCGGUUAUAGUGGGUGUUGCAGCAUCAGGACAAGAGAUAUCCACACGACCGUUCCAACUUGUGACUGGUCGUGUGUGGAAAGGAACAGCUUUUGGUGGUUUCAAGAGUCGAACCCAAGUGCCUUGGCUCGUAGAGAAGUAUAUGAACAAGGAGAUCAAAGUGGAUGAAUACAUAACGCACAACAUGACAUUGGGAGAGAUCAACAAGGCUUUUGAUCUGCUGCAUGAAGGCACUUGUCUUCGUUGUGUCCUUAGUACCAGCGAUUAAAAAAAAACAAUGGGUUUAUGUCGUCUCUCUCUCUGCUUCAUUAUGUGUCUUGUGACUUUGUCAAUUUCCUGAGCAACAGACUCGAAUCGUGUGUGCGCUUUUAUAAAUUUUCAUUAAAGACCGAAAAGCAUCAUUAAUAAUAAGCAACCAUGUUUGUGGAGGGA